AUGGCACUGGACCAUGGGAGCGCAUUUCGCGCCUCCGUUUUACUGGCUUGUGUGAUAAUCUGCAGUAACGUGCUAUGUCCCGUCGGUGCCUACCUCUACAACAACCGCUAUGCAGGUGAUCAAGUCUUCAGAAUAACUCCGAGUAAUGAUGAGGAAGUCGAAGUGCUCAAGAAAAUUCUGGCAAAUAUGAAGGUGGACUUUUGGCAGCCCAACAGUGUUUCUCUGAUCUGUCACAAUGCCACUGUGGAUGUUCAUGUAAAAUGCAACAACACACGAGGCCUACAUGCUCGCUUAAAGCAGAAACAUAUUGAUUAUCGGGUGUUUAUCUCCAAUCUGCAGAAAGAAAUUGAAAAGCAGACAGGAUAUCGCUCCUCUCGCAGGCGGAGGUCAGAGUCUCAGUAUGACUACGAAGUUUACCACUCUUUGGAAGAGAUCCAGAGCUGGAUGUUUGAAAUGAACCGAACCCACCCCGACCUGGUUGACAUGUUCUCCAUUGGAAAGUCAUACGAGGGAAGACCACUGUAUGUGCUUCAGCUAGGAAAGAGAAGUCGAUCCCAGAAGAAAGCUGUGUGGAUCGACUGUGGCGUUCAUGCUAGAGAGUGGAUCGGACCUGCCUUCUGCCAGUGGUUUGUCAAAGAGGCCAUCAACUCAUACCAGUAUGACUCUGUCAUGAGACGACUGCUCAACCAGCUCAACUUUUACAUCAUGCCUGUCUUCAAUGUGGAUGGAUAUAAUUUCAGCUGGACCACGGAUCGGUUCUGGAGGAAAACACGGUCCAAAAAUCACAAGUUCCAUUGUCGAGGAGUGGAUGCUAACAGAAACUGGAAAGUGAAAUGGUGUGAUGAAGGUGCCUCCUCUCAUCCCUGUGAUGACACCUACUGUGGUCCCUUCCCUGAAUCGGAACCCGAAGUCAAGGCCGUCGCCAAGUUCCUGCGCAAGCACAAGAAGCGUGUCAAAGCAUACAUAUCCAUCCACGCCUAUGCCCAAAUGCUGCUUUACCCCUAUUCCUACAAGUAUGCCACCAUCCCCAACUUCAACUGUGUGGAGUCAGCAGCUCACAAUGCAGUGACUGCCCUGUACUCUGCCUAUGGAGUGAAGUACAGAUAUGGACCUGCCUCCACAACUCUGUAUGUUAGCUCGGGCAGCUCUAUCGACUGGGCGUAUAGGAAUGGGAUCCCUUAUGCGUUUGCAUUUGAGUUGAGAGACACAGGAUACUUUGGCUUUCUCCUGCCUGAAUCUCUGAUCAACCCAACUUGCACUGAGACUAUGAGGGCUGUGAAGGCCAUUGCAUCACGUCUGCUGAAGAAGUGUGAGACAGACGGGAACAGAUUUUCACAUAUAUGACCACACUGUAAGUCCCUGGAGCCUUACCCUCAUAGCUACUUAUGUCAACAAAUCAUAUUCCUCUGAGAUUUCAUAUCAAUUUCCAGAUAUCAUCAUGUGAAUAGCUGCAAAGGACCACCAAAAAAUUGAGUUUAAUUUGUUUGGGUUUUUUUUGUUUUGUUUUGGAGGUUCUUCGCCUUGUUUUUUUUCUGAUAAGAUAUGAACUGAUGGUGAUGCAUUUUAUGGGCCAAAAACCAAAAAUCCAAUUAGCAACCAGCCUGUUUACAUACAGUUAGAUCACACAUACAGUGUCAGAGAGCAUUCUGUCAGACUAAUGGCUAUGAUUUGGGUAUCUACAGUAAGUUCUGCAUGUGUAUCUGGCCCAGGAUUCUUUCUAGCAUGUAAUCCCAUCUUUAUCCACCAAGAUUUACUGUUGCUUAGAAGAAAAAAAACAAAAAUAAAGCAGAUUUAACAAAGCUUUUUUCCCUGAAUGGCAGUCAUGUUAGCACUUGUCAUGAUACAGCAGCACUUUUUAAAAACACAUCUAAGAUUUUAAUGUCUUCCAAAAAUGUGUUAUAUUAAAAAAAAAAUUUCAUAAGCUUUAGUUUCUAAUGAAUACCAUUGCACCAUUUCUUAUUCAUUAUGCUGGAUGCAUUUUUUAUUACUCUAUUUUGGAUUAGUAUUACCAUGUGCCAGUUCAGAUUCUUAAACUAUGCUUUUAACAUAUUAUGCCUUUAUUACUGCAACAUUGUUGGUGUACAUAAUAUGCUAUCACUUGAUAAUCUAGGGUUUGGUUUAAAUUGAGAUUUUUUUCAUUAGACUUGUUUUUUUUUCCUUUCAUUUGGUUCAGACUAAAAUUUGGAAAGUCUGGCCUUUCAGUUGAGUUGCUUAGCUUACUUCGUAAUCACUCAGGUAUGGAUCAAUGACAGUGUCAGA